CGUCCAAACACAAAGGCUGAAUGGAAAUGGAUUCGAAUGGGUACUGAUUGGGGAUGGGGAUGCUACAAAAGGGUGCCACACACACACGAGCAUGAGCAUGGGCCUUGACAAAAGUCAAUCAGCAUAUUUGCUCGAUUGGAGGGAGCAUGCCAAGCGGAUAAUCGAUUCGCAAUGUGUUUGAAUAACAAAUUACUGGAAAUUGUGAAUGCGAAAGUCACUGUGUAGCCCAGAGCCUCGAAACACAAACUGAACACGGAGUACUUUUCGGCGGAAUCAGGGAGAUUAAAAUGUAUGCAGCUGUCGAUCCCCAACAUCUUCAUCCUGACAGCCUCGGGAAUCCCCAUGCGAUGCCACUUGUUGGCCCUUGCCAUCUUGUUUGACUCCUUGCCCGCUGUUCAUCAUGGUGGUGGGUUCGUGCCUUGCGUAGCUGCAUUCCCUCCGACAUCCAGCCAUCGCCCAGCUAUGUGGACCUACAUGAUGGCUGCCGCCCGCGGAGAUCGGGUCAACACGAUGAUGUCCAGCCGCAGACGCCCCGAAACCGAGUCCCCUAAAUAUGGCUACAACCUCUCCACCCGUCCCAUGUACCGCACCACCCGAUUUGUGGGCCCCGCCUCCUCGGCGCCCGCCCAGCUGCAACUGCCCUGCGGCUCCCAUCAGGCGUCGGUGGGCGUGGCACCUCCGCCGCUGGAGGAGAUUAGCGGCGGUCUGUUCGCACCGUUUGCGCCCACGGCGACGAUUACGGUCGAGCAGGCGGCCACAUCGAUUCCGAUGGCAGUGGAUGGCGAGGUCCACCCUCACUAUCCGCGUCGCAGUUGGCAACGGAAAUAUCGCCAGGGGAAUCAUCGCCGGGCUGGCGGAGACGCCGAGGAGGAGGACGAGGAUGAAGACGACGACGACGACGACGAGGAUGACGUGGAUGAGGACGAGGAUGAGUUCGGGGCGGCAGUGGGCGUGGACAACCCGGAGGAGGCGAUUGCCCGGGCUGACCAGCAGCAGAAGCAGCACCACCAACCGCAUGCCAGCGAUUCCAGCUAUGUGGAAAAUGGCAGGAAGCUGAUACAGGAACCAAAUAAGCGAAGCAAACCAUCGGCUCUAAGACGCACUCUGCAAGCUCUACGUCAGCGUCUGACUAAAAGAAAUCGCCCCAAACCGCCGGACUGGUUCCUUGAGAAAUUCUCCAACACCACAAAUACGGACAAGAUUGGCAAGGAUCCGGCCCUCUCCAGCGAAAUUCGUGGCUCCAGUGUCCUGUGCAACCGCCUCUCCGUGGAUCCCACUCUGCAGUCCCACUACAGGUGGCUGGCCAUCGUUUCCCUGGCAGUGCUUUACAACAUCAUCUUCGUAAUGGGCCGUGCGGUCUUUUGGGAGAUCAAUAAGAGUGCUCCGGCCGUGUGGUACACCCUGGACUACCUGUGCGACUUCAUCUAUCUGCUGGAUACGCUCGUCCACAUGCACGAGGGAUUCCUGGAUCAGGGGCUCCUCGUGCGGGAUGCCUUUCGGCUGCGAAGGCACUACUUUCACACCAAGGGCUGGUAUCUGGACGUGCUGUCGAUGCUGCCCACGGAUCUGGCCUACUUCUGGUGGCCACCGGAGACCUGCUCCAGCCUGUAUCUGCCGUGUCCAGUGAUAGUGCGUCUCAAUCGCCUGCUGCGGAUCAACCGGCUGUGGGAGUGGUUCGACCGAACGGAGACGGCCACCGGGUAUCCCAAUGCCUUCCGCAUCUGCAAGGUGGUGCUGGCCAUCCUGGUGCUGAUCCACUGGAACGCCUGCAUGUACUUCGCCAUCAGCUACGAGAUCGGCUUCAGCUCCGACUCGUGGGUGUACAACCUGAAUGGGACGCGCAAUAACACGCUGCAGCGGCAGUACAUCUACAGCUUCUACUGGUCCACGUUGACGCUGACCACCAUUGGCGAGACCCCGACGCCGGAGAACGAUGUGGAGUAUCUGUUCGUGGUGGCCGACUUCCUGGCCGGCGUCCUCAUCUUCGCCACCAUCGUGGGAAACAUUGGCUCCAUGAUCUCCAACAUGAAUGUGGCGCGCGUGGAGUUCCAGAAUCGCAUGGACGGGGUGAAGCAGUACAUGGCCUUCCGGCGGGUGGGCCACGAACUGGAGGCCCGGGUGAUCCGGUGGUUCGCCUACACGUGGUCGCAGAGUGGCGCUCUGGACGAGGAGCGGGUGCUGGCCGCCUUGCCGGACAAGCUGAAGGCGGAGAUUGCCAUCCAGGUGCACAUGGACACGCUGAAGCAGGUGCGGAUCUUCCACGACACGGAACCGGGUCUCCUGGAGGCCCUCGUGCUGAAGCUCAAGCUGCAGGUCUUCAGCCCGGGUGACUACAUUUGCCGCAAGGGCGACGUGGGCAAGGAGAUGUACAUCGUGAAGCGGGGCAAGCUGUCCGUCGUCGGAGACGAUGGCAUCACCGUGCUGGCCACCUUGGGUGCCGGAUCGGUGUUCGGCGAGGUCUCUGUCCUCGAGAUUGCGGGCAAUCGGACGGGCAACCGGCGAACGGCCAAUGUGCGAUCCCUGGGCUACUCGGAUCUCUUCUGUCUGGCCAAGAGGGACUUGUGGGAGACUUUAUCGGACUAUCCGGAGGCCAGAUCCACUCUCACGCAGCGGGGAUGUCAGCUGCUGCGCAAGGAUGGCCUCUUGGAUGAACAGAUAUUCGCCGAUUCGCAAAGAGUGCACGAUAGCAUUGAGGGCGGCAUCGAGAAGUUGGAGCUGUCGGUGGAGAACCUCAAUAUGCGGCUGGCCCGCCUUUUGGCGGAAUACACGGCCAGCCAGGCCAAGAUCAAGCAGCGCCUGGCCAAGCUGGAGAUGAACGGCGGCCCUGGCACGUGGCGACUGGAGUGCGAGCCGCAGACGCGGGUUCGCAGCGGUCGCCUCUAUUCGCUGCAGCCCAAGCGGCGCCCACGUUCGCGACCCGACGCGACUGCCAAAAUCGGCGAUGCUGCCAAGCAGAACACGCUCUAAGUCCCCGGAAAACCAGCUGGAAAAGCCCCAGGUCCCACUAAAUACCCCCCCAAACCUCCAUAUCUCCACCCGAGGCCGGAAAAUAGUGAUAAAUGCAUUAAACUUGCAGGAGUUUUUUUUUUUUUUGGCCGCGGAGAUAACCCCUUGGCCCGAAGCCAACUGUAAAUUGGCCUGGGCCAAUCAAUUUUUAAUUUUUACAAUUAGUUCGUAGCGCAGAAGGGUGCGGGGGGGGGUAAGUUAUAGGGUUUGACUAAGGGUGUUGUUUGUUGCAAACUUUAUGAAUUUGUAAAAUGUUUCAAAACUGAAUGUGCCUCAAAGUGUGUGCGUGUGUGUAGAGCUAAGUUAAGAGGGGCGGACGGAGAAGCAAAGGGCAAAGGGCAAAGGGCAACCCACUAGUUAACCCACUACGAUCCAGUGUACAUACUUUAAGCAUAGUCCAAUUUUACACGUGAACAGCAAUUGUUCGCCUAGGCUAGGAUGAUUUUACACACACCGGCGACCGAUUUGGCACCAAAUGGCACCAAAAUCAGAGCAAAAUCGACAGAACAGCUAAGGAUAAUUUCACAACAACUGACCAAGAACCGAGGACUUUGCUGAAAUAAUUAAGGACGGACGGGGGGGAUGAUGCACACAAAUCGAAUUCAAAGAAAGCAAAAAUGUUAACAACCAAGCUUCCAAAGCUUCCAAACCAACGCAAAACAAACAAAGUCAA